UAAAGAGAUCAAUGCCGAAGAGCAAUCCGGUAACACCUAACAAACAACCAUCAGAAGACUGGAAUGAGUUACUCACAGAGUUCCGUGGAAAAGGAGGUCGGGCUCUUCAGAAAACAUUCAUCAGAAAAUUGUGGGCAGUUCAAGAAGAUAUUAUUGCCAAUGCAAAUCCAUCGACUCUUCGGUGUAUUUUCUUCGCACCAGCCUUGUUGAUUUGUCCGGAAGGUAUAAAAUUAUCAGCUGAAAUUCUCCCAAAAAUUGGUGUUGGAAAUGGACUGAUACUACUCGAGAAGUUAAUACUAAAGUUCAAUCUCACCGACACUGAAUGUCAAAGGUAUGGUGAAGUAUUCGUCACAGCUUGGAGAAAUGCAUAUCAGGAGGCUAACUUUGAUUUGACAGAGGAAUUGGAGACCGAUGUGAUCAGUGUCAUGUGUCAGCAUGCAUUAUAUGCUCACAGGCCUACCUGCACUAAAUUUCAAAAUGUGAUUGCCGCAUUUGCACACGCGAAAAAACUGGACAAAAGUGUAGAUGAAAUGGUGACAAGGCUUCUCAAUGGAUGUCUUUACCGAGCGCUGGACGCUCCAAAUUACAUUGUACAGUCAUCAGCUGCAGAAGUAUUUUUCAAUUUUUACCCACUAAUUGGCGAGGAUACUGAAGACAUGGAUAGGAUAAUGGAAAACCAACAUCGAUAUAUGAUGGACUUAUUACGUAGUGAUGUUAUUUCCAUUCGAAGCGAAGCCACGAAACAUGUCUUGAAGGCAAUCAGCGAAUUCUGGCUUCUUAUUCCAAAAAAUAUCGUGAAGGAACUCAUGGGAUACAUCAUUGAUACAGUCGCGAAAGACACUGUUGUCAGCGUCCGCGUCGCCGUUUUUGAAGGUCUUAAUGAAAUGGCAUUUGUUCCGGCAUGUCUCACAGCAUUCGAAUAUGGAUUGAAAUGUGCCGUUGAUCCAGCACUACAGGAUAAAUCUGAACGAGUUCGUCUUGCUGCUUACCAAAUAAUUUCUCGUCUGAAGAAUCAUAAAUUUAUUAGUGUGUUCGAUAUCAUUACUCGAGAUGAUGCCAUUGCGAAACUCGAUCUGGAAAACGUAGAGACCUGCCGCCGUCAACUGAUUCCAAUUAUGCAUAUUUGUCUUCCUAUCUCGAAAAGUCUGGAUGAAGCAUACUAUCGUCCUCGUGUCAACUACAUGUUAGGAAAAAGUCGAUUGGCUCUUUUGAGUUACUUCCGAUUGCUUGGCCCAAUGAAAAUCAUUGAUGCAUCCCAAGCAUCCAAACUUAUCGAAAUGUUUAUAACCUGGGCAUAUCGUUAUCUUCGUAAAAAGGAUGGCCCUCCAUUACCAGAGACUGCCGAAGGAUACAAAAAAGCGAGAGCUUAUCUUGAGUGUGCUCUCAUUCUGUACAUGUCAUGCAAAGGAAUGCUGAUGUCAGAUGGCGAUGGAACUUCAAAAGCGAAAUGUGAUCAAAUAUUUGGAAAAGUUGUCAAGGAAAUAUUUGAAAAAUACGCCAACACUCCUAUUCUCGGAACUGCGACAGCAAUCAGCAGUGUCAUUCCUAAAGAUUACCUUAAAUCAAUUGCUAAUGAUGUUCUCGCAAGACUGGAAGACGACGAUGUUCCUCCAGAAGCAGUUGAGCCGUUUCUUGAAUCUGCAAUUCAUUUCAACCCGGAUUCUGUUUUUGAUUCAUUCGAUAGUGGGCUUAAUGUUCUUGUAAAUUUGUAUGGAACGAAACAGAGUAAGAAGAAACGACGUGAAUUGGAGGAUCCAGAAGAUGUACUGAUUAUGACGUUGAACCGUCUCAAAUAUUUGCUACAGAGUCACAGUACAUCAAAUCUUAUUGCAAUGAAAGAUGAAUACCGAACUAAAGUCUUGGAUUUGUUGAAGAAAAUUGAUCUAAUUCGAGAAGGAAUUGAAAUUAGGCUUGCAAAAGAAGAAGGCCAGGAGCACACUCUCAGUGAUGAUGUUCUUCUGUCGAUACUCGAAUUUAGAUUCAUUUUGCCCUUUUUCGCUGCAACUAAUGGAUCUGAAGAUGCUGCGGAUCGUAACCAAACUAUCGAGUCAAUGAAAAACCUUCUUCUUUGGUUUGAAAAAAAUAUUUCAAGUCAAAUGGCGACUUUUGGUGAACACAAUCAAGAUUUUCUCAUUCAAUUAACAAGUACAUUCUUGAAUUGUGUAAACGUGUCACUAUCUGCGUAUGAUUUCAAAACGAGACCUGUCGAAUUUGAAGAUGAGGAAGAUAACGAGAAUCGGGAUCCAAGAGAAGAAAAUGAUGCAGCGAAAGAUCAGGCUACGGUAGCAGAAGUUAUAAGCAGAAUCGUCAAGUCCUUCUGUAAUAGUUCCACACCUUUUGAAAUCUUCCGACCAGCUCUUCGAGUGGGCACAACGCUGUGCGACGAAUCUUAUUCUGAAGUGCACCACGAAAUGGCACUUCUUCUCAGAUUUAUUCCAAAAUGGAUGAAUAAGCAAUGUGAUUUGAUGGAAGAUGAUGAAGAGAACAUUUUUAAAAAUCAUCGAGAAAUUGUGGAAUCUUUACGCCAAUUUCACAAGAGAGUUUCUGAAACUGAUUAUUGGGACGAAGAUUCAGCUAAACGUAUGAUGCAUCACUUUAUGUUAUUCUCAAUUGUAUCAGCUUCUUCGAAAAAUGACGACGAGGCAUAUGAUGAUCCACGCGAUGAAGAUUAUAAACCACCACACUUCAUUUCUCUUGCACUAAUCAAGUUCAUUCUCAAAGAAAAAUCGCUAACUGAAGACAUUAUUGAAGAAAUAUCAACCAAUUAUAUUCCCGAAGACAGCAAGUAUUUUACGGCAGAAGAAGGUGAACUGAAAACUGAUGAAAAACUGUCUAAACUAGCAGCACUGUCACAACUUCUACGAAUUCUCGAACGAUAUUCAAAAUUCCAUGGAAAGCUAAUCAAAGAAGCCAUCGACAAAUGCACUACAAGAGUGCUGGAUUGCUUCGCGAAUGCCUCAGAUCUGAAUACUGUAGCCCAUCACAUUUUGAACAGUCUUUCUUCUCUUCUUGAUGUCCAACUUCCAGAUGAGAACAGACUCUAACCCUAUUAAUCUCUAUAUAUAAUUCUUUUAUUUGAUCUCAUUGACGUUCUAUAUUUUUCUGCUUUAUUGUUUUUUCUUUGUAAAAGUAUUUUCCUGUUUUAGUUAUUAACAAUGUUUUAAACAAGAUUCAAUGAUAAAUCCAGCGGAUGA